UGGAUCCAAAUGCAAACAGCACGUGAAAUUGGCAUGCUCAAAUCCUCUAGAUUUGGGAUUUCAGCCUUGCCGUUUGGCUUAGCCCCAGCAAACACAUGGCAAAAAAGGAUUCUCUGUGAUCGUACUCUUCCUCUCUCGGAGCUUUUGCUGGCUUGUGUUAGGGCUUCCCGUUUCCGCUUCUCCGCGGCGCCCGCUUACUCCCCGUCCGCCGCUCCCCGUCAAGAGGUAACCGCCCUUAGCUCGACCCGCUUCCUCACCGCCACCUCUCUCCUCCCCCCCCCCCCCCCCGUUGAAAACCCUAACCCUAGAGCGAGAGAGAGCUCUGGCGAUCGAUCGAUCCUAGGGUUAGGGUUUCUUCAUGCGGUUUGGGAGCUCGGCGUCGGCUGGAAACUCCUCUAGCGAUGACCCAUCAAAGCAAAUUUGUCUCUGUUAAUCUCAAUAAGUCCUACGGUCAGCCUUCCUCCUCUUCCGUCGCCGGCCAUGGCCGGCCUCGCUCCGGCGGUGGUGGGAUGGUGGUCCUUUCCCGGUCCCGGAGCUCGGCUUCGGCGGGGCAGAAGACGACGCCGAGGUUGUCCGUUCCGGCCCCCCUGAACCUUCCGUCCCUGAGGAAGGAGCACGAGCGCUUCGAGCCCUCCUCCUCCGGGACCUCCGCCGCCCAUGGGAUCUCCGGGCUCAGAUCUGGGUCGGGCCCUUCCACGACGGGGUGGAGCAAGCCGGCCCUCCCGCCGGCUUUCCAAGACAAGGAAAUCGGCGCCGGAGGCCAGGCUCAGUCUGGCAGAUCAGUGAUGACUGGGGAUCAGCGGGCCGGCAGCCCUUACAUGCCUCCUAGUUCCCGGUCUGCCGGGCAGCCGGUACCGGUCUCUCCAGCUCAAGGUUUUUCCGAGAAAGCUGUAAUCUUGAGAGGCGAGGAUUUCCCUUCCCUGCAAGCCACUGCCAUGUCGGUUCCAAAACAGAGGGAGGCCUUGAAUCAGAAGCAGAGGCAGAAGCAAGCGGGCGAGGAACAUUUGGAGGGGCGGGCGGAGAGAUUCGAGUCACAGGUACCUCUUGAAAUGCGCCCCCAGAUGAGAUCCUCUCGUGCCAGUACCAAUAUUGUGUUGGAUGGUGAUGGGGGCUUGAGCCGGCCGUCCGGUGCUUCUUCGGAACAGUCUCGGAAGCAAGAUAGGUACUUGCCUGGGUUGCUCCCGCUUGUCCGGCUGCAUCACACAUCUGAUUGGGCUGAUGAUGAGCGAGACACGGGCCUCAGUAUUCCUGAAAGGGACAGGGAUCGUGGGAAUUCAAGGUUGGAGUCGGUUCAGGUCCAUGACCUAUAUGAUGGAAGGGGGCCACGUGAUGCCGAAGCUGGUGGUGCUUCAUCAAGGGACUUUUUCAGAGGGGUUUCUUUGGGGAGGGACGUAGUGCCUUCUAAUAAAGAAGGUCGGGAUGUUGGCUCAUGGAGGGCACCACUGCAGCAGAGAGAUAGGUUGGGUACCCAGGAAUUGGGAGUUGAUGGAGAUAGAGCUGAUAUCAGGCCUUUUAGCGCAAGCAGAGAAAUGGGUAGAGAUACUAAUAAUGGCCGGUCGCAUUUCAGGGAUGAUGCUCGAGAUGGCGGGACUCUGGAUUCUUGGUACGCUAGGAAGGAUCAGGGCUCAGGAAUAAACACUCGAAAUGGGAGAAGUGUAGCAGAAGCUUUCAGUGGAAAGAGUACGGAGCAGAAUACUCGUGGCUGGCAGGGUGAUUUUCCCAGCAACUGGAACAGAGGAAAUUCAUUUCAGAAUAACCUGAUUCCUAAGAGCUCGUUCUCUUCUGGGGGUAAAGGGCUUUCUUUGAAUGAUCCAAUACGGAAUCUUGGAAGAGAGAAACGGCUGGCUGUGAACAGCGGGAAGGAAUACAUUGAUCAUGCUGGUCUUGACAGCAAGGAUCCAUUUUCUGGGGGCAUUGGAGAUGUAAAUGUUAAAUUAUUCAAGAGGAAGAAAGACGCACCAAAUCAGGCUGAUUUCCAUGACCCUGUCAGGGAAUCAUUUGAAGCGGAGCUGGAGAGGAUUCUGAGGAUGCAAGAGCAGGAGCGUGAACGUGUAAUGGAAGAGCAAGCUAGAACACUUGAGCUUGCUCGGAAGGAAGAAGAGGAGAGAGAGAGGCUGGCCAGGGAGGAGGAAGAAAGGAGGCGGUUGCUUGAAGAAGAGGCAAGGGAGGCUGCUCGGAGGGCAGAGCAAGAGAGGCUUGAGGCUGCGAGAACAGCAGAGGAUCAAAGGAUUGCGAGAGAAGAGGAAAAGAGGAGAAUUCUUGUGGAGGAGGAAAGAAGGAAAGAAGCUGCACGGCAGAAGCUCUUGGAAUUGGAGGCCAGGAUUGCAAGAAGGCAGUCUGAAGCUAAUCCAAAUGAUGAUAGACUUCCCUCUGCUGCUGCUGAUGAACGGGUGCCUGGCCUGGUGAAGGAGAGAGAUGCUCCAAGGGUUGCAGAUGUUGGGGACUGGGAGGAAGGUGAGAGAAUGGUUGAAUGCAUUACUAGCUUUGCAUCGUCUGAUUCCUCAAGUAUGAACAGAUAUUUUGAUCCAGUUUCUAGGCCUGACUCAUCGAGUGAUGGAAAUCCUGCAUUUACAGAUAGAGGAAAACAUGCAUAUCACUGGAAUUGUGGAAACAGCUCAUCACUUCCUUUUCAUAAUCAAGAGAAUAUUUACAGAAGUCCAAAACGAGAUUCAUUUGGUCCUAGGAGGGGCUUCCCUAAGAAAGAGCUUAAUGGUGGUUCUGGGAUAAUGUCUGUGAGGCCUUCUUCUAAAGGGGGGAAUGUCGAACAUUCACAGAUGCAAGACGAUUUCCGCCAUGCAAGAGGGCAACGAUGGAGCAGUAGCAAAGAUGGUGAUCAUUUCAACAGGAGCUCGGAUGUUGAUGCUGAUUUUCUUGAUAAUGAUAAGUUUGGUGAUGUUGGAUGGGGACCUAGUAAUUCUCAUGGACGUCCGCAUUCUCCGUAUGCAGAAGAACGAGUGUUUCAGAAUUCUGAGAUUGAUGGCUUGUCCUCCUUCACAAGAGUUCGUCAUUCUUUGAAACAGCCCCAUGUGCCCCCACCUCCAUCUAUGACAUCAAUGCGCAGAAGUUCCUACAGACCCGCAGAUCACCCUGGCUCAUCAUCAUUUAUGGACAGAGAAACAUGCUACCACCAUGCAAGUAGAAUUGAGCAACAAAGUAGGCAGACAGGAUAUGACAGAGUCUAUCAGGAAAACAUUAGAGAACCUGGAACAACAGUAUUAGUUGAAGAGAAUGGUAUCCAUUUAGAUCAUAAUGAGGACAAUAAUGGCCCAAGAUGUGACUCACAAUCCUCUCUUUCUGUUUCAAGUCCACUUGCUUCGCCAAUGCAUCCUUCACAUGAUGAAAUGGAUGUUUCUGGAGAUUCUCCAGCAUUGCCACCAUCUGCUGAUGGGGAACGGACUGUGUCAUCUGACAAUGAGCACAUUGAAUCAGCACUGGAGGCAGGUAAUCUUAAUACAACGACAACUUCGAGUUCAGUCUCUCGUGGAGAAGAUGAUGAAUGGGCUAUUGAAAACAAUGAAGAAAUGCAGGAGCAAGAAGAGUAUGAGGAAGAUAAUAAUUACCAGGAAAUAGAUGAAGUCGCUGAAGGUGAUAAUGAAAAUCUUGACUUGGGCCAGGAGUUCAAACAUUUGCAAUCAGGUGUGCAGAAUAAAUCUGGGGAGAUGGACCAGGUUAUUCUAGGUUUCAAUGAAGGUGUCGAAGUUAAAAUUGCUAGUAAUGAUGAGUUUGAAAUGACUCCUAGGAACAGUGAAAAGGCAACCAAACAGGUGGAUUACCCAGGUUCUAUGGAAGAAAUGAUUAGUAAUGGUGUAGAUAGAUUAAAGACAGACAAUGCUCUUCUGGAGGUGUCUGCAAGCAACUCUUCAAAAAUCAUAAAUGAAACAGAGAAGGCACUGCAAGAUUUGAUUCUUGAUCCAGUAGCAUCCUCCGUUUAUCCUCAUGAGAGUGUUGAGGCAUCUAGUAGCUCCGGAAUGCCAGCUCAAAAUCCAAUAAUAUCUCCUUUAAGCUUGCCAAUGCCGUCUACAUCCAUAAUCCCACCAGUCUUGCCCUCAGCAUCUACUGUUGCUACUCAGGAUGAAGUACCUGUCAAACUUCAGUUUGGUCUGUUUUCUGGCCCUUCUUUAAUACCAUCUCCUGUUCCAGCCAUUCAAAUUGGUUCUAUUCAGAUGCCAAUCCAUCUACAUACUCAGGUUGGCCAUUCUCUAGCUCCAAUACACCCUUCACAGUCUCCAGUAUUCCAAUUUGGCCAGCUGAGGUAUUCACCACCUAUUUCUCAGAGUGUUUUACCUCUUGGCCCUCAGACUUUGCCCUUUGUUCAGCUUCCUACUCCAGAAUCCUAUUCUUUGAACCAGAAUCCUUCAGGCCAUCUACUCAACCAAGGGCCUCAAAACUCUUCCCAGAACAACUUAGGGGACGGAAUGCCUUCUGUAGAUAACCAGGCUAGUCUUGCACAAAAGAUUCUUGAUCCAUCUCCAGGGACCUUAAAUUCUGAGCAGCUGAAUGCUUUGUCAGAUUCUCCAAAGAAAGGAGUACUAGCACUAAUGAAUCAUACAGAUCGAUUGUCCUAUGUUGGCAAGAAAGCUACAGGUGAAUCAGCUUCCCAAAUUGACCGUCAUAGUAAUCAAGAUGGCACUUCAAAGAAGAAUUAUAGACCAAUUGCUAAUAGAGAAUCUCAAAAUCAGCUAAAUACUGAACCACAAUCUUCCAGGUUCCCUUCAGGAGGGAAGGCUUCCACUGUGUCAAAGGCUCCUGGAAAUGUAUCAGGUGGCAGAGGCAGAAGAUUUGCCUAUUCUGUGAAGAAUGCCGGUUCAAAAUUAUCAUUUUCAGGAGCAGAAACCUUAGACACUGAUGCAGGUGGCUUUCAGAGGAACCGGAGGAACAACAGGAGAACUGAGUUUAGAGUUAGAGAGAAUUUUCAGAGGAAGCAAGCACAGGGCACAGAGUCAUUUUACCAUGCCAGGCAGGAUGAGAGGCCAUCUCUUAAUGGGAGGGCCUCAGGGAUUUCUGUAAGGAAUGCAGGUAAGAAAGAUGUUAUGUCCAAUAGGUUGACCAGGAUGAUGAAUGAAGCAGAUAACUUAAACUCAGGUGCUUCCAGUUCACAAGUUGUGAAUUCUGAGAGCAAGACAGAUAAGGCCACCGGAAAAGAAGCUGUGCCAAAGAGUAUAACUUUUGCUGACAAGUCUCAUGGUCCAAAAGGAACUUUGAAGACAAAUGGGACUUCCGGGGAGGAUGUUGAUGCUCCUAUGCAGAGUGGAGUUGUCCGCAUUUUCAAGCAGCCAGGCAUUGAAGCUCCUAGUGAUGAGGAUAACUUUAUUGAGGUAAGGUCCAAGAGGCAGAUGUUGAAUGACAGGCGAGAACAGAGGGAAAAAGAAAUUAAGUCCCGGUCUAGGGUGCAGAAGGCGCCUCGCAAACAACAUUCCAUUCCUCAAAAUAGCGCCGCGACAUCCAACUCAAAUAAAGCAGCAGCCUCUUUGGGCGGAGAUGCUGCAGACAGUGUUCGGUCUGACCUUGUUGUCACAGAAGGAAGGGGAUUUGCUAGUGUUGAGCCAUCACUUGUAUUCAUGGCCAGCACAGCAUCUCAGGCUCUACCACCAAUUGGCACUCCUUCAGUGAAUAUUGAUUCCGAAACAAGGUCUAAUCAGACAGUCCCUGCCCCUGUCAUAUCUAGUGCUGGGGCAAAUCUUGUUCCAGGCUUGCUCUUUGCUAGCAAGAAUGUAGCUCCAGACAAUGCUUCAUUGCCUUUGGGUUCCUGGGACAGUGCAAACUUAAAUAAGGUGAUGGCCUUGACCCAGACUCAACUUGAUGAAGCUAUGAAGCCAGCUCAAUUUGAUUCACAUGUGGCUUCUAGCAUGGUUCUAGAGCCACAUAAACCCACAGCAUCUGUCAUGACUCAAGAAAAACCUGUGUGUUCAUCGACAAGUCCCAUUAACUCCCUCCUUGCAGGGGAGAAAAUUCAAUUUGGAGCUGUUACAUCACCAACCAUUCUACCUCCUGGGAGCAGAACUAUCUCUAAUGGACUUAGGCCUCCAGGUUCAUGUAGGUUGGACGUGAACAUUGAUCGCAACUUACCUGCAGCUAACAAUGAUUGCAACAUGUUCUUUGAUGAAGAGAAGCAUCCUAACGAACAUUGUCCAAAUUUAGAAGAUCCGGAGGCUGAAGCUGAAGCAGCUGCUUCUGCAGUUGCUGUGGCUGCUAUCACUAAUGAUGAGAUGGUUGGAUCUGGGAUCGGUGCAUGCUCAGCUUCUGCUUCAGACACCAAAAGCUUCAGUAGUGCAGAUAUCACUGGAUUAGCUGCAGGAGGUGUGACAAUGAAUCGAGAAGUAACUGGUCAAUCAGCUGGCGAAGAGUCCUUGACUGUUGCUCUGCCAGCAGAUCUUUCUGUUGAUACUCCACUCUCGUUGUGGCCUCCUUUACCCAGCCCACAAAGUUCUGGACCGAUGCUUUCACAUUUCCCUGGAGCUCCACCUUCUCAUUUCCCUUGCUUAGAGAUGAACCCAAUGUUGGGGGGGCGUAUUUUUGCCUUUGGAUCCCAUGAUGAGUUGGGUGGCACCCAGGGACAAUCACAAAGAAGUACUGCAUUAGGUUCUGGUCCAGUUGGGCCUUGGCCGCAAUGCCCUUCUGGUGUGGAUUCCUUUUAUGGCCCUCCAGCAGGGUUUGCUGGUCCUUUCAUCAGUCCUGGAGGAAUCCCUGGUGUUCAAGGCCCUCCUCAUAUGGUUGUCUACAACCAUUUUGCUCCAGUUGGACAGUUUGGGCAAGUAGGCCUAAGUUUUAUGGGUACUACUUAUAUUCCUACUGGAAAACAACCCGACUGGAAGCACAACCCAGCAUCUUCCACAGUUGGUGAUUCUGAGGGCAACCUGAAUAAUCUGAGUUUUGUUUCUGGUCAGUGCACCUCACACAGCAUGCCUACUCCUCUUCAGCAUCUGGGCCCAGGAUCACCUCUCAUGCCAAUGGCUUCUCCUUUGACUAUGUUCGACAUCACCCCAUUUCAGCCAUCUGCCGACAUACCAAUGCAAGCUCGCUGGUCUCAUGUACCUGCUCCACCACUCCACUCUGUUCCACUGUCCAUGCCGCUACAGCUGCAUCAUGUAGAGGGUGGGUUGCCUUUGCAGUAUAACCAUAGUUUGCCAGUUGAGGCAUCUAACGGAAAUAACAAGUUUCAUGAGCCUCGCUCAUCAAUGCUGGAUGAUGGCACUAGGAACAUCCCAGUUCAAAGUUCUACCACCUCAGAAUUCUCAGGCGAGUUGGGUCUGGUGGAACAACCGACUUCCAGUAAUUCCAAUGCCCAAACCGUUGGGCCUUCAUACAACCCUGCAAGUGGCAACAAUAGGGAAGUGUCAAACACUACCAAAACCUCAACAAGAACUACUGUUACUGGUGGCAGUGAGAGCAGCAGUAUCGGGGAAACUGGCACAACAACUGGCAGUCGGACUUCAGGCCCUUCAUCGAAGACUCAACAGCCAAUGCUAUCAGGUCAGCAGUACCUUCCUCCAAUUGGAUGUGCUGAUCAGCGAAGUGGGGCUUCUCAGAAGAUAGGCUCCGGGGGGGAGUGGCACCGUAGGACUGGAUUCCAGGGAAGAAGCCAGGGUUCGAGUGCAGACAAGAAUUUUGGCUCUGCCAAGAUGAAGCAAAUAUAUGUGGCUAAGCCAUCAAGUGGACCUGCAAACCCAGGGUAGAUGAUGUGGGAUCUCUUCUUAUCAGGAUCACUCAGCUCCGAUUGAGCUGAUGUUUCUCAGCAACCAGGAAAGAAAACUUUAUCGACUGGACCUGUUCUACUAGCUGCUUCUUUUGUUUACUAAUGUUCUUAUAAGUGGUGGCUUUGUCUUUUCUGGACGUUUUUAGACACAUUGAUAGGUGAGAAGGGGCACGUCUCAAUAUGUCACCAUACGCAUUAUUUGCUGCUGUUGGAAGCAUAAAUAUGUGGGCUGAGAUUGGGCUUUUCGAUCUCUGAACCCUGGCUGUGAUGUUGUGCAAGGGCUGUUUGGCUGGUCUUUCUACAAUAACUUCUAUUUUUCGGGUUGCAAAGGUGCUGAGCUUUGGACAGCUGUAAGAAAUCCAGUCAGAAGUUUGAUAAUUUUAUUUACCAAUGCUAGUGAGAUGGUGCCUGUUGGAGUCCUCAUCUCAAUUUUCUUUCCUAUCUUGCAUGAUGUAAGAUAAUUUCAUGAAGUCUAUUAUAUGUACUUCUCUGCCGCACCAGAAACUCGAGAAAAGGAUGCUUAUUUAUUUGUAUAAGACUAGCAGGUGGGGAUUCCAUUUCAACUCGCGAUUUGAAAUAAGGGUAGGAGGAUUUCCAUGCUUUGAA